AUGGCCCCCUCAUCACACCCACAAGCACAAUUUGUGCCUAUUUCGCCAGAUCUAGAUCUUGGUGCGCUGGUGGAGAAUACAGACAACUUCGAUUAUGUUACCAGACUAUCUACCGAAAAGUUACAGGAGCAUUCGAUCCAGAGUUUCGAGGCGUUGGUCCUUGCUGUGGUUAUUCAGAGCGGCAAGCCUCUGGUCAUCGAAGACUGGCCAGAAAAGAGUCUGCCUCCAUGGCUGUUUAGCCGUCACUGGCUCGAGGAAAACAUGGGUACAAAAGCUGAGAAAGUCCGCGAUUUAACGAAUGGCGUCGAUAUUCCCAUGACUAUGGGCCACUACUUGCGAUCUAUGGGCCAGCUAACCAAGCAGUUCAGCUCAGCGACCUAUCGAGAUCCAAAGCGGCAACGUCUUUACCUGAAGGAUAUUGAUUGUCCAGAGAUGUGGGGCCAGAAGCUGCAGGAGGAACUGCCCGACUCGAUCUAUUAUCUCAACGAGUGUAUUGAGGCGAGGACGGGUGGUGAUGGAGCAAUCCGGGAACCCAACGAAUAUGGUCAAAUGCGCUAUGGCAAGGGCGUUGCUCCGGCAGGUGACUUGAUGAGCAGUCUCCCGCCUGAGAUGCGAGCCCUCAACAUGAUGUGUUAUAUUGGCCAUGAAGGUACCUACACACCUGCCCACCGAGAGAUGUGUGCAAGUCUUGGUCACAACAUCAUGGUUGAGGCAUCUGAAGACCGAAAUGGCGAGAAAGCAGGAAGCUCAAUAUGGUUUAUGACUGAAACGAAGGAACGGGAACUUGUCUCUGAGCACUUCCUCUCCAUGCUCGGUCACGAUAUUGAGGUUGAAAAACAUUUUGCACAGAUCAAUGCUUGGAAAAAGGCCCCUUUCAAUGUUUGGGUUGUGGAACAAAAACCUGGAGACCUAAUCCUCAUCCCACCGCUUGCACCGCACCAAGUCUGGAAUCGAGGCACUCGCACCAUGAAAGCAGCGUGGAAUCGUACAACAGUAGAUACCCUUGAGCUUGCAAUUCAUGAAGCUCUUCCACGUGGUCGGAUGGUCUGUCGAGAUGAGCAAUACAAGAACAAGGCGAUCAUUUACUAUACUCUCGUAAAGUACUAUGACCUUCUCCAGCGGGACACAAUCGAACCCAAGAUGUGGAAGUAUGGGCGGAUAAAGCAAUUGCUAGACGACUUUAGACGUUUAUUCUCUUUAUACACGGAGAUUUUGGUCAGCGAAAUGUUCUCGCCAAAGCUUCCGGAAGAGACAGACGUGGAGUUUCUGGAGUUUGAUUCUAACGUCACAUGUUCGUACUGCAGAUGCAACAUCUUCAAUCGAUUCCUCACUUGCAAAUCUUGCAUCGAACAUGGGCCAAAUGGGGAGGAAGAUACCUACGACAUCUGUAUGGACUGCUACGCAAUGGGGCGCUCGUGCGCAUGCAUCUCCGGGCUGAAUUGGGUUGAACAAUGGAAAUGGCCCGUCCUGCUUGAGAACUACGAGAAAUGGCGUGAUAUAGUCGUACAUUCUGAUGGUCAUUUUGAUGUCCAGAGAUCUCCUCAACCUAUUGAGGUGGCGAGAAAAAGAUACGGCAAGAAGGCUAUCGCGGAAGUUUGCCAGGAGCAGCUGAAGAUCAGGCCUUGGACAGAUAUCACGAAGCCCGUGGUUCGGGAUCCGUCUCCAGGUAUGUCAGACGUUGAGCCUGAAGUCGAUGACAACGGUCGUCCGAAGAACCGGAAGAAGGCAAAGUUCACAAGACGGAAACUUCAACCAAUCAAGAACAAGACUCACACAUGUCAUGUCUGCUGUCAUCACGAAUGGAAUUGGAAACUUGCCUUCUGUACGACCUGCAACCUUGCUUAUUGCUAUGGGGUAUUGUGGCGCGCUUUCGACUUAAUGCCCCAGACCGUCAUGGAAGACAAGGACUGGCAGUGCCCAAAAUGCAUGAAAAUGUGUUCCUGUGGGAAAUGCAGAAAGGGUGGUACCCAAAAGACCUACGAACCAAAAGGCACUCUUCUUGGCCACGACACGCGAAAGGUAGCAGACUUCAGAAGCGUUGAGAGCUUGGUCGAUUUCUCCAAAACCAACCUUAUUUGGCUACGCGGCGACGAAGAUGAGAGUCCCCAAAAGACCUCUAGAAUGAAGAAGUUGAAAGAAAAGGCCGAAGCAGAUAAAUCUCGCGUAGACACCGUCAAUAAGAGCUAUCUCGAGGAAGUACCGCAAGAUCCAUUCCUAGCAGCGCCAGCGGAAGCAAACGGCAACAUGACGCCGGAAAUUUUGGAUGAUAUCGAUCCCGCUCUUCGCGAUACGGGAGGAUUCACAUCAGCAUCGAAUGGGCAUGCCAACGGCCAUUAUGACAGUUUCUUCGAACAAGAUCCAGCUAUGGCAGAGAAUGGCGGUCUAAGCCAUACUAACGGGGAUGACCCUGAUGCUUCUCACAGCUGGAUGGAUGGUCAUUAUGAUCUUGACGAUAACGAUGCAUUCAAUAACCAAAACCAAAACACAGGUUAUCCAUCCAGGCUACUUGCCCCAGUGGCUCCGAUGUUUGCCGAUAAUGGAGAAUACCCAGAGCUCGGUCAUAAUGGCCAAUCACGUAUGAUGGGUAUGGGCUAUUAUCAGCAACGGCAAGGCAAUGACAUUGAUCAGAUCCUUUAUGACCCCCCAAACUCCAAUGGGUCUGUCGAAGACUCUCAGUCAGUCCCAGUACAAAAUCCCAACCUGGCGCUUUCAGAUCUCAUCCCCACACAAUACGAACCCGUGGAAAAUACAAGGAAGCGCAAAAGGUUCGGCGAGGGAACUGGAAAUGGUGAUGAUGCAGAAGAUAUGGAGUUCUUCACGUCCAAGAAGCAGAGGAAGAUUGCCAAAACGAAGAAGGCUGCGCUUGUCAAAAGCGAUGUGGUUAAUGCAGUGUUGCUUCGUGAUGGUCCGCAGCGAAAACCCCGUCGCAGUGCGGUAAAAUCUAAAGUAUAUAUCGACUUGGGUGAAGAGGCUGUUCCUAUCGAAGAUGAUGAGGGUCCUUCAACAGUUUCUCAACACAAACCUCGACCUAGGGCUAAUCAUUUAGAUGAUGAUUUGCAACUCGCCGCUCAAGCGAUGAAUCGUCUCGCCAAUCCUGAAGCGAAGGCUCCGAAGCAAGCCGUUCCGCGAAAGAGAAAGAGCACCGGGUCCCCUGUUAUUUCAGUACCCAAACCCCAACCCCGACCUCGAAAGUCAGCCUGGCUUGCACGUAAGGAAGCCGAAGAGUCCGGAGUUGCCCUGCCCGAGGAAUCCAGGACUCGUCGAAGCUUAGCCAGCAAGGACAAUACUACGAAGAUCAUCGACAUUACAUCUGACUCGGAAGGCAACAGCGAUGCCGAUUCUGAAACAGAUAGCCUCUUUGGUGAGCCGGUUGAGGGAGAGAAAAGUCUGCUGGAUGACGAGGACGGGGAUUUCUACCCAAAGAAGAACGCAAAGCCGACCGAGACAGAGACAAAUGGCGACGAAGGCAUUAAGUGGCGCGUUUCUAAAGACCAUCCCGGUGUUCAAUUGGCAGAGGCAGGUUCUACUGAGAAGCAUACACCAAAACGCAGAGGCAGGCCGCCCAAGCAAGCAAAGGCUAGAUCACCGUCACCAGAUAUGGCGAAUUCUACAGCGAAGCCCAAGAUGCUUUCGCUGAGGGAGAAACUUGCUGCGAAAGGAAAGGGCCUCAAAAUUGUUGCGGCAAAGGCGCGCAAGUCGAUCAAGGUAACUCCCGGUCCAUCAAGUGCACGCAACACCCCAAGUGCUCGUAAUACGCUCUCAGUUGCCAUUCCUGUCCCAUCAACUGGACGCAGUACUCCGUCGGUUGCAAUCCCCGCGUUUAGGAGCCCAAGCCCAAUCAGUUCUGAGGAUGACCAGGUAUACGACAUCAGCAGGCUAAUGAGGUCGAACAGCGUGAGUUCAAUAGCUCCGACUGCAGCUUCUGGUGCAGCAAAAUUGUCCAAUAGCGCGGCCGGAAGUCCAGACCCACGAGUGCCACAGCAUACAGUACGGUUGUCUGCUGGUCUGUCAGAUGAAUUAGCCAACGAACUAGCCAGUACGCUGGCUGCCCCAAAAUCUAAGCAACUAGCUGGAAUAUCCAAUGGAACUCCAAAUCUGUCCACUGUUAGAGCAUCUUCGCGCCCCGUCACAUUGUCAGAUGGUAUUACUAGCACUCCAGCCUUACAAGAACCUGCCCAGCCAGUAAAGAAAGGACCGACGGUUGUGCGUUUGAGUAGUCCAGACAGUGAAUCUGAAGGAGAAUCAGAAGGGUACACAUCGGACGAGCCAGAAAUCAACCGUCCGGAACCCAAGUCCCAAGGACCCAUUUUGAACGACGACUCUUCUUCCGAUUCUGAUGCGAGUAUUCCAGCAGUCCGACCAGGAUAUAAGGCCAUUCGGGGCGGUGGAUCUUUUGCACGAAGAGGAGCACCAAAUCGCGCUGUGAGAGGCCGAGGAAGACCUCGAGGCAGGCCAUCAACGAAUGCCGCUCAUUGA